CUCAAGGGGGCUGCCUCUCAUGAUUCCUACAAAUUUCCAGAUUUUUAAGAUGCAUGAAUGUGGAGGCUUCAUGUUAUUUUUCAUCACAAUGAUAUGGUUCAAUUAGACUCUUAAAGGUGUUAACAAAUUUGGUUGGAUAAUUUGAGAAUAUUAAGUGGAUGAGUUCUAAUUGAGAUGACUCUGUUAAUUGGAUGGCAAAUUUUUUGUUGAUGAAUCCUGUUUACCUGGGACAAUGGUAUCAAUGGUGAUAUUUGUUAUUGGAAAAGCAGUCAGUUACUCAAGAGCAGAGGUUAAAUUCAGAUUUUUGUGACAAUGAAGAAGAAUGUUGUUAUGGGUUUUAGUGUCUUGGAGAGCCUUAUAAGCUUGCUUAAGGCUUUGAAACCUAAACCUCAAUGGCUAAUUCAUAUGUAUGGUUGUGAGCAUUAGUUAUAGCUUGCAGAUGGACAUGAUAUAUCCAAUUCAUUGAACUGGGGCAAACAUGUUAAUCGCUUCAAUUGACAAACAUUUUCUCUUCAAGACAUGGCUUAUCGAACUCGCCUUACCACUAGACAGAAAUCUCCCAAAUUGCGCUAUGUCUUUCUUAUUUUGUUGGCAAUAGUUUUUGUCGCUGAAUUGUUCAUCCAUGGCCAAAAGAUUUCUUACUUCUUCCGACCUGUUUGGGACAAACCCCCAGCUCCCUUCACUCGUUUACCUCACUAUUAUGCAGAAAAUGUCUCCAUGGAUCAUCUCUGCCGCCUCCAUGACUGGUCACUCCGCUCUGAACCUCGUCGCAUUUUUGAUGCAAUCAUCUUUAGCAAUGAGUUAGACAUACUAGAGAUUAGAUGGAGAGAACUUUAUCCUUACGUUUCAAAAUUUGUGAUCCUUGAGUCCAAUACUACAUUCACAGGCAUUCCAAAACCUCUAUUCUUCGCCUCAAACCGAGCUAGAUUCGCCUUUGCUGCAGACAAGGUUGUUCAUGGCAUGUUCCCUGGACGAGUUGCAACCCCUGGAUCACAUCAGGACCCUUUUGUUCUUGAGUCAGAGCAACGUGCAGCAAUGAAUACAUUGUUACACCAUGCAGGGAUUAUGAAUGGUGACAUUCUUCUUAUGGCAGAUACAGAUGAGAUUCCUAGCCCUCACACAUUGAAACUGCUUCAAUGGUGUGAUGAAAUUCCUGCUGUUUUGCAUCUUGAACUGAAGCACUACAUGUACUCAUUUGAAUUCCCUGUCGACUACAGCAGCUGGCGGGCCACAGCAAAUUUGUAUGGUCCCCUGACUCGUUACCGACACUCUCGAUUAACUAAUGUGAUCUUCUCGGAUGCAGGAUGGCACUGCAGCUUCUGCUUUCGGUAUAUUUCUGAGUUUGUGUUUAAAAUGACUGCUUAUAGUCACGCAGACCGGGCAAAACAGAGGGAUUUUCUUGGUCAUAAGAGAAUUCAGGAGCUUAUAUGUAAGGGAGAUGAUCUUUAUGAUAUGCUCCCUGAAGAAUACUCCUUCCAGGAUCUGAUUAGAAAGAUGGGAUCCAUCCCACGAUCGGCUUCUGCAGUUCAUCUUCCUGCUUAUUUGAUAGAGAAUGCACAUAAGUUCAAGUUUCUUCUUCCAGGAGGCUGCAUGAGAGAACCAGGAUGAAAUCUAUGUGGAUGUUUUACGCCCAGUAAAAAAUGUAGUAUGUUGAAAAAGAGAUGCAAAAUAAAUGAUUACCAUAGAAAUAGAAUAUGAAUUUUAUGUAGGCGUCUUGCUGUGAAUGCAUGAAUGUAUAGAAAGGAUCUUAGUUUUCUUCCUUCCAGUGGGAUUUAGCUUUUAGGAGUACGUGGAACUUAAGGCUUUUUUUACUCUGUUUUUAGUUAUGUUCUUAGAAUAGUUUUAUAAUUUUUUUUUCCAAAACAAGAUUUAGGAAGGAAAAAACAUUGUUCGAAUGAUUGUUAUAAAACAAUCAUAUCAAGCUGCAAUGAGUUUGAAUUCAAGAGGAGAGAGCUUGA